AUGGUUUCCUCUGAUGAGAAAGCUCUGGAUAAGGCCCGGUCAUGCUUGAUGGAAGGAAUGUAUUUAUUGAAUGAAGUGGCCCUCCAUACGAAAGCACGUUUAGAGGAGCUCUCCAAGCGCCAGGUUGUUUUUGAUGAAGCUUUGGAAGGGUUGAAACAGCUCUGUGUUCUUCAUGAACAGACGAAGAAAGAAGCCAAUGAGUUCAAAAAAAGAGGUUGUUGGUUUAUCGGAGAGGAAUCGAAAUCUGGUAGCAGAUUUGAGGCAAUCCAUUGGUUAGCAAGAGGAGUUGAAAAAGUUAAACCAGGUUUUGCAGAUGAAAAUAGAUGA